UUUUCUCUGUUCAUUUCAGAUCUGAAAGUGGUAAAGGAGGACAUUUUACAACUCAAUGAAAUGGAGGAGAAACCUCAUCAUUUGAUACCCAAAGAAGAAUCUCUGAGCUGCUCGAUUACUGUGAGGAAUUUGUCACCUAAAAGGAACAACAACCAACAAGCAACAACCAAUGAUACUCUUAUUUGCCCUCAGUGUGGAAAGACCUUCACAUAUAAAUGUAAACUUAAUGAACACAUGAGAAUCCACAAUGGAGAAAAACCUUACAGAUGUGAUCAGUGUGGAGCGACCUUCACUCGCAAGUCUAACCUUAUUGUUCACAUGAGAAUUCACACUGGAGAAACACCUUACAGCUGUGAGCAGUGUGGAAAGACCUUCAAGAAUAAAUCAAACCAUAAUGUUCACAUGAGAAUUCACACUGGAGAAAAGCGUUACAGAUGUGAUCAGUGUGGAAAGAGAUUCAUGCGUAAGAUCAAUCAUAAUGGGCAAAUUAGUAUUCACACUGAAGAAAAGCCUUAUAGAUGUGAUCGGUGUGAAAAGAGUUUCAUGCACAAGAUCGAUCAUAAUGGGCACAUCAGAAUUCACACUGGAGAAAAGCCUCAUAGCUGUGAUCAGUGUGGAAGAACGUUCACUCACAAGUAUAGCCUUAUUGUUCACAUGCGAGUUCACACUGGAGAAAAACCUUACAGCUGUGAGCAGUGUGGAAAAACCUUCACUCGCAAGUCUGAUUUAAGGAAGCAUAUGAAAAUUCACACUGGAGAAAAACCUUACAGAUGUGAUCAGUGUGGAAGAACAUUCACUCACAAGUAUUGCCUCAUUGUUCACAUGAGAGUUCACACUGGAGAAAGACCUUACAGAUGUGCUCAGUGUGGAAGAACCUUCACUCGCAAGUAUUACUUGAAUGUUCACAUGAUAAUUCACACUAGAGGAAACCCUUUUAGAUGUGACCAAUGUGGAAAGACCUUCAAGAAUAAAUGUCACCUUAAUGGUCACAUGAGAAUCCACACUGGAGGAAAGCUUUAAAAAGCCUGUCAAAUAUGAGAUAAUGAUAUUAACUGAAUGCUCCUGGCAUGUACUGUAUUAUAUGAUCAUUAAACACUUUAGCUUCAAAUCA